UAGAUAUUUUCCAAUCCUUGCACCCGAUUCGGCUAGUUUUGAUAGUACUUUCGUAACCGAAAGUUCAACUAUGGCUCCUCGAAUCAAAGAAAUAGGAACCGUUUGUCGGUUUUGCUUGUGCCAAGAAGGAUUAAUAACUUUGUCAGAGGCGAUCGGUCCGGUGUUCGCUGCGGAGGAUGUGCUGUAUUACACGGGGAUUCAGAUAUCUGAAACAGAAGAGCUUCCCUACGCCAUCUGCCAUGUAUGCUGUAAAGUCAUAAGAAACUCAGUGAGUUUUCGCAGCACGUGUUUGAAAAAUGAUGUCGUCUUCAAAAAGCUACUUUCGGUACUAAAUGCGGAUAACAGUGUUCCCGAUUCUCUCGAGAAGACGGCUCCAAGCAUGGCCACCUUGUUGAAAAACGCUGCCGGAUGUAACACUGAGACAAUAACGUUGGAUGAAUCAGAUUCCGAUGAUUCUCUCCCAUCGCUCUAUGGAGAGGCCAUGCAAGAGGCUUACGAUGAUAUUGCAUUAUCUGUAAGAAGUGUAGAAAGCAUAACAUCUACUGCCGAAAAAGAAUCUGGUGUUCAUUCGCAAAUUUCAGUAUGUGAGGAGAACGAAAAUAAUGCUUCCAACAGUGUGGUGGGCCUAGAACCAAUAACUGUGGACGAUAGUGAUUCUGAUAGCUCUCUGCCUUCACUGUAUGGUGAAAGUGAAGUUCCACCACCAAAACCUAAAUAUGUUACUAAGGAUGCGAACGAAGGCAAAGAACAGUGCCAUUUGUGUGGUACUUUUCAUCCAUAUGUGAAACGUCAUGUGGAACGAGUACAUGAAAAGAAAAUAGGGUUUAAUUGUCCACAUUGCCCGAAGCGACUGGGAGACAAAUAUCAUCUAAAAUCCCACGUAAACACAUGGCACAAAAAGGUCAUUAUGUUUACCUGUGAGCACUGUGGUAAAGGAUACACAAAUUACAAAAGCUACACGUAUCAUUUAGCUAACUCGCAUGGAAAGAGCGACUCAUAUGAGUGUGAAACAUGCCACAAGAAAUGGAAGUCUAUCGAUUCAUACAGAAAACAUAGAAAAGAACAUUCGGUGACUUCUAUCACUUGUAAGGACUGUGGAAGGAUUUACCAAAACAAUGUAACAUUCGAGCAACACCUACUUCAAUAUCAUCCCACAUAGGAAUGUGGGAGGAUCGGAUUGUAAGCAACACUUGUCGAGAUGUGAAUAUUCGAUGAUUUUGUUGGAGCAUGUUCAUGAAUUGUUACAAGAUUUACAAAGCCAUCAGCGUUCUUCUAGAGGCAUCUAGGGGAAACUGGAAAAUUUUAAACGGCUUUUUUAGUUCCAUAAUUUGGUUCUGGUCAUUUGGACGAUGCUUGAAAAGGACUUGUUUGUAAAUCAUGUGCUUUGUUCCUGUUACGCUAAAUAACGCAUGGUUAUUUAGGAUCCUCAUACAGUGCAUGGUCAUUUUAGUAUUUUUAGUUUGAAGACCAACAGAAAUAAAAAUAUAAAUAAU